AUGGCAUUUCUGUCUCUCGUGCUGCUCGGCCAGGCGUUGCUCAUACUGGCACUGGUGCUCCGAGUUGUCUGUAGGCUGACUUUGCACCCUUUGUCACGCUUCCCCGGUCCCAAGUUGGCUGCUGCAACCAACCUGUAUGCGGUCUACUACGACUUGCUUUCAGGAGACUCGCUGGUCAAACACCUCAAAGCACUUCAUGACGAAUAUGUAGGACCUGUUGUACGCGUUCGCCCAGGCGAGUUGCACAUUCUCGACUGGGACGCCUACCGCAUCUUCCUCAACGUUGGCGAUGGCCGCGUUGCUAAACCUCAUCGGGACCUUUUCAUUCAAGCCUUCUCAAAAGCUCAAAUCAACGGCCUUGAGCCGCUUAUACACGAGAAGGUCGAUCUCUUCCUGCAUCGGCUCCAAGAAGAGGCGAGCCAGAAUAAAUCCAUUGACCUUGUUCUAGCCUUUGAAUGCUUGACCGCAGAUGUAACAAUGUAUUAUUGCUAUCAAAUGAGUUUGGGACUGCUCGACGCUCCCAACUUCCGGCCCAAACUGAUCGUCGAAUUUCACGAAUUCGGCCCAAUCGUCCCCUUCUUCUGGUACUUUCCCAAUAUCGGCAACGUGUUGAACAAGGUAAUCUUCUCACUGCUGCCGGAAAAUGCGGUUAAGACUUGGUUUGCUGGCGCCGCUUCGAUGAAAGACGUCAUGAAUGUGAGUUUCAAUUGCUCCUUGCUCUGGGAAAUCCGAACUGAGACGUCACAGCAAUGCAAGGAUCUCAUCGACUCGCUUGCCCGAGCGCCCCCCGACUCGAAAGAAGUGGCAUCAUUAAUGCUCCGUAGCGCUCUCGGCCCCGACCGUGAGAAGGGGCAAUACUUCCUGACGCUGUUCUUAUGUUCCUCGCGGGAACCGACACAACGGCUCACGCGCUGA